CACUCCACACAGAGUAACUCAAGGCAGCAGUGACCUGACAGAGGAGCUGAGAACAGCUGAAAUCCUCCCAUUUGGUGUGGGCUGUGCUGUGGCUGCCUUCUCAGCUUUGGGCAAGAAAGCUCUCAUUCCUCGCAUUCAAACUCCACCCAUUGUACCAAUCACCCCCAAAAGAAUCAGCACGUCUUGUGGCAGAUGUAUAAAAACCAGGACAAGUCAGGACACUAUCACAUAGUGUGCUUAGUUUUAUCAAAGCAGAGGACUUUUAACAGGUGUCAAAAGCCACAAUGUCGGGAAGAAGCUUUCAGGGACUGAAGGAACAGGCUGAAUCUGCAGCUAAAGAUGCUGCAAACAGCCUGGGACAGGCCACUCAGGAUUCAGUCAACCAGAUUACAGAUGCAAGCCAGAAAGCUAUUGACAAGGCUGCCAAGAUGGCACAAGAUGGAGUAGAAAAAGCAACUGGACAAGCUGCAGAAGCAAUGUCUGGCUUUGGGAAAAAAUGUGGCUUUAAAAAAUGAUGCUAAUUUAAGUUAACAGUAUUGAAUGUAUAAAUCUCUCUUUGGUUUGCAAUUCCCUCCUCCUUUGUGUAGAAAAAUGAAAGCUGUUUGAUAUCUGGAUAAUUUUUCUCUCUUCAAAUACAAAAUUCUAAGAUGGAAGGUCCCCCUCAUCCUUCACAGAGAAAAAAAUGUAUAUUUUAGCACAUCUGCUCACAAUCAUCAACAUGGCUCAAAGGGAUUCAGCAAUGUUGUUGCCCUACUCUUACAACAGCACGAUUAUUGCCACAUUUGCUGAGUGUAUUUACAAAGCCAGUGAAACUGUUCAUACUUCAGGACAACAGAACAUUCAUAUGAUGAAACUGAGUUUUCUUCCAGUAAUCAAAAGUUAAGUUGGGGUUGUAUUUCUUGUCAGUAGUUUGUUUGUUC